UGUUCGAACGCCGAGCAGUGAGGGGGAUAUUCUAUCGUCCUGUUUCCUCGCCGGUGUCUGCCAGCGUGACUCUGAUAAGUGCUCUCAGUUUCAAGCUCCAGGAGUUGUUGUUGGGAGAUGGGGAAGUCGAAGCAGCAGCGGAAGAAGCAGAAAAAAGUCAUACUGGUGUUUGAUGAGAAUGAACGAAAAGAGUUCCUUUCGGGAUUCUCCAAGAGAAAGAAAGAGAGGCAGCGGAAAGCGAAAGUUAAGGUACUCACUAAGCUAGAAGGUCAGAAGAAGAAGCUCCUCGAAGAAAAACGACACAUCAUGGCUGACAUCGUACGUGAAGGGGGCAUAAAGCUUCAGGAUCCACAAGAUCUUGAGACAGUCGCGGGGCAGACAAGCACAGUGGACUGCGGCGGUCAUAUAGUCACCAUCACGGAGUUCGAUGACGCUUACGGCGCUGUGAAAGAACCGGAGAACGAAUUUGAAAUCGCUGAUGAUGGAAUUAUCGACGAGUCCGAUCUCAUGGCAGGUGGGAGCUCCGGAGAUAAACAGAAGAUACGCUUGAAGCAAAUCACGCAGGAGCUGAAGGACUUCGGCGUCCAAAUUCAACCAAUCAAAGCCGCGUUGAACGAGAAGGCUAAAAAACUCAAGAAGAGGAGACAGAAGCUUGAGGAAAAACGCGAGCAGGAGUCCAUUCGGAAUAAGAAGAACAAAUUCGGACAGAAAGCCGUGAAAGGCUUCAAACGGAAAAAAGUCAAUAAACAUCUGAUUAAGGAUUAG